CAGCACAAUCUAUGGCUUCUAAUCCGGGAAUUCUCACCGACUGGCCAUGGAAACCUCUUGGCAACUUUAAGUAUAUAGUACUAGCUCCCUGGGUUAUUCAGGGCAUCUAUUCAUACAUAGUUAAGGACGAAAACGAGAAAGACUUUUUCAACUUUAUGAUAUUUCCUCUACUGGUUUGGAGAGUCAUUCACAAUCAGAUAUGGAUUAGCCUUUCUCGUUUUAGAUCAGCUAAAGGAACAACCAGGAUUGUUGACAAAGCUAUUGAGUUUGACCAAGUGGACAGAGAAAGUAAUUGGGAUGACCAAAUAAUAUUCAAUGGAAUCCUAGUCUACGUAUUCAGUAAGAUGGUUAUGGGUGGUUCUCACAUACCCUUGUGGAGAUUAGAUGGUAUAAUUAUCACAUUUCUACUGCAUGCUGGUCCAGUGGAGUUCCUUUACUAUUGGCUUCAUAGAGCUCUACACCACCAUUACCUUUACUCUCGCUACCACUCUCAUCAUCAUUCUUCUAUUGUAACGGAGCCUAUCACCUCUGUAAUACACCCAUUUGCAGAGCACAUUGCAUAUUCCACCCUCUUUGCGAUACCAUUGUUUACAAUUAUGCUCACCGGAACUGUUUCCUUCUCAGCCUUAUUUUUCUACAUCACCUAUAUCGAUCUAAUGAACAACUUGGGUCACUGCAAUUUUGAGGUCAUUCCUAAUUGGCUUUUCUCCAUUUUCCCUCCUCUCAAGUACUUCAUGUAUACUCCUUCGUUCCACUCACUCCAUCAUACUCAAUUCCGAACAAAUUAUUCAUUAUUCAUGCCAAUAUAUGAUUUGAUAUAUGGUACCAUGGACAAAUCUUCAGAUAUUUUAUAUGAAACUUCACUCAAGAAAGGGGAAGAAAAGCCAGACAUAGUGCAUCUUACGCACUUAACCACACUUGAUUCCAUAUACCAUCUACGCCUUGGAUUUGCUUCCAUUGCAGCUAACCCACAUUCAUCUUCAAAUCGGUAUAUUUGGUUGAUGUGGCCGGUUACCUUUUGCUCCAUGUUGAUAACUUGGAUAUAUGGUCGUACUUUCGUGCUUGAACGAAAUCGUUUUAAUGACGUAAAGUUGCAAACCUGGGUCAUACCCAAGUAUAACUUUCAAUACUUUUUGCAUUGGCAAAAGGAAUUAAUCAAUAGUUUGAUUGAGGCAGCCAUAGAAGCUGCAGAGCAAAAAGGUGCUAAAGUAAUAAGUCUAGGAUUAUUGAAUCAGGGAGAAGAGCUGAACAGGUUUGGUGAGAUUUAUGUAGAAAGGCAUCUGGAUUUGAAGAUAAAAGUGGUGGAUGGGAGUAGUUUAGCAAUAGUUGUUGUGGUAAACAGCUUACCUAAAGAAACAACCCAAGUGAUCCUUAGAGGAAAUCUCACCAAGGUUGCUUAUGCUAUUGCUUUUGCUCUUUGUCAAAGGGGCAUUCAAGUUGUAACACUACAUCAGUCUGAGUAUCAAAAGCUGAAGAAAUCAUUUGUUGGCAAGUUUGAGAGCAAUUUGCAUAUUUCAAGUACUUAUUCUCAAAAGAUAUGGUUAGUUGGAGAUGGACUGACUAAAGAAGAACAGUUGAAAGCAACAAAAGGAACAUUAUUCAUACUUUUUUCACAAUUUCCACUUACAGAACUACGAAGAGAUUGUUUCUACCACCUAACACCAGCAAUGUCUACUCCUUUGGCUCUUGAGAAUGUGGACUCUUGUGAGAAUUGGCUUCCAAGAAGGGUGAUGAGUGCGUGGCGUAUUGGUGGAAUAAUUCAUGGGCUAGAGGGAUGGGAGGAAGAGGAGUGUGGUCACAAAAUCUCCAACUAUGACAAAGUUUGGGAAGCAAGUCUUCGACAUGGCUUUCAACCUCUUACCAUCCCAAAUCAAUUUUAUUACCACCUUCAUUAGAUUUUGCUCCUCAAUAAUAACAUGUGUUCAAAUAAUGAUAUAUCAUCAUAUAAUUAAGUAUUGUUUUAUCUUUAA